UCCUGUACCUUUCAUGUGGAAAGCUGCCCAUUUCCAACAAGCUGACCCAUCGGUACACUGAGCUUCUCUCUGUUGUAAACUCAUAGAGGUGAAAAAAAUUGUAAAAUCAUAGGCCUACAGAAAAAUAAUGGCAGAUACCAUGAGAUCAAAUCAUGUAGCUAUGUUUCCAUGGUUUGCGCAUGGCCAUUUCAUACCAUAUCUUCACCUUGCUAACAAGCUUGCUGAGAAAGGCUGCAAAGUCUCUUUCUUGUUGCCCAAAGGAGCAGAACCCAAGCUAACCCAACUCAACCAACACCCCAAUCUCAUUCACUUCUUUCCUUUGAUGGUUCCUCAUGUGGAUGGCCUCCCUCCUGGUGCUGAAACAGUCUCUGAUGUACCCUUUACUCUUCAUUAUCAUCUUUGCACAGCCAUGGACCAAACACAAGACCAAGUUAAAACCAUUUUGGGCACUAUCAAGCCUAAAUUUGUGUUGUAUGAUUUUGCCUACUGGGUUGCUUACUUUGGUCAAGAAUUAGGCUUCAAGUCCAUUUCGUAUAGUGUAGUUUGUGCCGCUUCACAAGCUCUUCGUGUGGUGCCUUCUAAGAAGAUGAUUAAAGAAGAGAUGAUGCAGACAUCUGCUGGUUAUCCUUCUUCAACAGUGGUACCGAGACUAGAUGAAACUGCCCAGGCAAAAGUAUUCUCGGAGGAGUAUGGGAGUGGCAUUUCAUUUUAUGAGCGAAUGACAAGUAGCAACAAACAGAGCGAUGCCUUUGCAAUCAGAAGCUGCUAUGAAAUUGAGGGUCCUUUUAUUGACUACCUUUCACAGCAGUAUGACAAGCCAGUGUUGCUAAAAGGACCUCUCCUCCCUGAAAAACCCGUAUCACUGCUUGAAGAGAAAUAGGCUAAAUGGCUAUCCAAGUUUGAAGCUGGUUCCGUGGUGUACUGUGUUGGGACCCAAAUCGUACUAGAAAAGAAUCAGUUUCAAGAACUGCUUCUUGGAUUCGAGUUAUGUGGGCUGCCAUUUCUUGUCGCUUUAACACCACCAAAUGGAUGCUUAACAAUUGAAGAAGCAUUUCCAGAGGAAUUUCAGGAGAGGAUUGAAGGAAGAGGAUGGGCGUCAGGGUGCUGGGUUCCACAGCCACAAAUACUAGAGCACCCAUCUGUUGGGUGCUUCGUCAGCCACUGCGGCUUUGGUUCAAUGUGGGAGUCACUGCUGAGCAAGUGCCAAAUAGUUCUCGUACCACAUUUGGGCGAUCAGAUUGUAAACACCAUGCUAAUGGUAGAAGAACUUAAAGUUGCAAUAGAAGUGAAGAAAGGAGAAAAUGGGUGGAUUUCCAAGGAGAGCUUGAGCAACGCAAUCCAAUCUGUUAUGAGCUCAAAUAGCGAAGUGGGUACGAUGGUGAAGAGCAAUCAUGCCAAGUGGAACAAAACCUCCAGCAGAGACUUGCAAGAAACGUAUCUCAAUAAUUUCAUCAAGAAUCUUCUUACUCUUUGCGAUGAAUCGAAUGACUAAAUCAGUGAUUUAGUAUUAUUAUUUGAAAUUAAUCAAUGAGUUUAGUUUAGUAAUAUUAUAAUCGUCUCGAGUCAUUAUUAAAUAAAAUUGUGAAAUUAUGUUUA